AUGGAUACCUUAAGUCCAUUGGUCAAUGAAAAGCCGGUAGUAAUCUUCAGCAGAAAUAAUAUAGACGCUGUGAGCCACUCAAUGAAGCAGCUCAUUACUAGCUAUGGUGCAAAUCCAACAGUAUACGAGCUGAAUGAAUUACUAAACCGGCAAGAAGUGGAAAAUGCGCUUCAGACGAUGAUGGGACUGUCCCCAAGUGUGCCUGCCCUUUUCAUCGGAGGAAACUUUAUCGGAGGAGCAAACGAUGUUAUAGGCCUCCAAAUUCGCGGCGAGCUAGUGCAGAAGCUGAUCGAUGCACGAGCAAUAUGGGUUUGGAAUAGAGACAAAUAA